AUGUUUCUUCAAUCAAGGUACAGCAACAAUAAUUAUGAGGAAGACUCGGAAGAAGAGUUGGAAGGUGGAUCUUCAGCAUUGAUUGGAAAUCCCUAUGAUUCCUUGAUCGAGGAGGAAGAGGAUGAAAUACAACAAUCUUUGAAUCUUGUACAACAACCACAACAACCAUCCGAAUCACAAAAACAUCAACAUGGAUUUUUGAAUACAAGUCUUCAUAAUAGCACGGGUGGAACUUCUAAGGAUGAAACAGCACUUCAAUCCUCGAAAAUAAAUUCCAGCAUCAACAACAAGACGGCGAACAACAAUAACAUCAGCACGUCGGUGCGGGGGAGCCCUCAUUCAUCACUCUUCUUCAAACAUCAUUCCGAGGGUUGUCUAGAAACUACUUCCGCAUCUUCUAAUAAGGAAAAUCAAAAAGAAAAUUUUAAAUUCGAAGAUCGAAAAGUUUUCGAACGAGAUCCUUUCGAGGUUCAUUCCACACGCAGUGAUCGAUCGAACAAAAACCAAAUAAUGUUUGGACAUCAUCAAAACCUUACAAGAAAUGACUCUGCUGAUGAUUUGUUUGAAAUUCAAAAAGCUCAAUACGGAGAAAUCGAAAGACCAAGAAGCGCACGACCUUCCUCAGCAGGUACUAGACCAUCCAGUGCAGGCUCAGUGAAAGCGAAACAGCAAUACAAGUUGUCAAGUAUUCCACACCCAAAGAACUUUCCAAUUGCAUCUUCAAGAAGCACCAACAGCGUGCUGGACAAAAACGGAUUGUCCAAGAAACAAGUAGUUCAAAACUACCUGUCCAAUGUAAACAAACACAUGAAAAAGCGAACAAUACCUUCCAAUUUCUACAAAGAUCCAGAAGGCAUGUACAUGGAUUUGCAAGAGCUUCGACAAGAAAUGGCUCUACUUCGAAAGGAAAAUCAAAAUUUGAAAACUCUCGCCCAAAAAUCAGAAGCUGACAGCAUUCGAAAGCAAAAACAAGUGGAAGAGCUUUUACGUGCACAUGCGCUUGUCGAAACAAAAGGAACAAGAUAUGAAAAUUUAUUCAAAGAAGUUAAUCUGGUGAAAAAUCUCAAAUCCAGAAUUCGAGAAUUAGAAAAGGCUCUAAGCGAGAAAGACACAGAAUUCCAAAGAAUCAAGCUUGACUCUCGCUAUACAAGAGUGAGAGAAUUAGAAACAGAAUUAAAAGCCUACUAUACGGAAUCAAGAAGACUACAAAAAGUUGUGGAAGAUUUAGAACAAGAACGAGUAGCCAUGCAAGAUCUAGAAGAAGAGAAUGAAAAAAUGAAUAAGCAAAAUCUAAAACUUCGAGAAUUGAUUGUGAAAAUGAAACAAGUUCAAGAUUACUAUAAGGAGCAAAAUUCACAUUUAGCUGAAGAAAAUAGACAGUUACAAGAUAAUCAUGGAAUAAGCUCUGAGCUCUCGAUGCGGGAGCAUCAAAUCGAAGAGUUGACAUUAAAAUUGAAAGAAUUGCAACAAAAGUUGGAUGAUUCCAACCAAACCAAUUCAGAGUUGAAAGUUUCCAAUAGUGAAUUGCAACGAAUAAGUGAUGAAAUCCAAUUUCAAAGCAAUACUGUCAAGAAAGAAAAUUCAGAUCUUAAAAACAAACUGGAAGAGUUGAAAAAGAACUUUGAAAGUCAACUCGAAGAACAGAAACGCCAAAUUGAUCUUUUACACAGAGAAAAGGAGAAUAUUUGCAAAGAACGUGAGUUGCAAUCUCAGUCCUCACAAAUUCUACGAUCGAGUGUGGUCAGUUUUGAGCAACAGGUUGCUGAAAAGGAACGAGAGAUUCAAUUCUUGAAAGCACAACUGAAAGAAAAACACGAACUCGCAGAUUCCAGAAGCCUUGAAUUAAUGAAUUUAAGGAAUCAAUGUGAAGAAAAAGAUAAGGAAAUUUCACAAUUCCAAUCCAAGAUGAAGGACUUGAGAAAGGCGAAUACAGUUCUGCUCGAUGAAAUUUCCACAUUGAAAGAGCAACAAGCCCAGCAUCAACAUAUAGGUGGUGUAUCAAUGAUAGAAACUGUGCCCUAUCCAUAUCCACCAAUUGGAAUUCCAAACCAGAAUAGUGCUGCAGUAGAGGAAAAAAUUGAAGAUGUUCUCUCUCCUCCUCAACGUCAAGUGGGGCAGCUUGCCGUGGAACAGGAGGAAAACUUUGAUGUGGGAGGAAACUAUUCUUUUGAUGAAGAGGAUCAGAGAGAGAGUACGGAUUCAAUUUAUGAUGAGGCAGCGACACAAAUGCAGCGAUUGGCUCGAGGAUUUCUGGCAAGAAGGCGUUUCAAAAAAUUGAGAGAAGAACAAGCAGCAACUCUUCACAAGGCAAAAGAACCCUCUCUCGGAGGUGUCACAAUUAUUACUGAUGACAAAUCUGAACAUGGUGCACCACCAUCUCAAGCGAUGGGUUCUGAACUUGAUAACAAAACCUCCUCUGAAAAUGCAUUGAAUCUCAAUUCGAGCCAAGCACUUGCCCAAACUCAAAACUCCACCAUAGUGGAAGAAGAAACAUUUGAGGAACCUCACCAACACUCUUCCUACGAUGAAUUUGGCGGAUCUUUGGAAGAUCAAAAUUUUGACAACUCGUACAUUCAAGAGGAGCCCAUCAAUUUUGACGACGACAAUGAUCGAGGUUAUGAGGAUGAUGAUUUCGGUCUAGAUACAUCUCAUCACACAUCCUAUGACGAAGAAUGGUAA